ACAUAAAACAACUUCUAGAUAAAACAUGCAUUUGUAUUAGUUAUUUGUUACUUUAUUUGUAUUUAUGCAUGUAUGUAAUUAGAUGUUUGAUUUUAAACUAGUACUUAUUAAGUUGCUAAAUGUGUAGGUGUGAAAUUAAGUCUUAUGUGUUUCGCUUACCUUUAUUUUGAAAAACCAAGGUUGGGUAAUACAGAGGAAGUAAACAGUCCAGUUAUUGCUUAAUUCACAGCUUCAGCUGAGCGCUUGUUAAAAUCCACCAGUGGGUUCCCUUCCACAACUAAACGUAGCUUAGAUUUAAAAAAAACGAUGUCAACAGCAAUGAACUUCGGAACCAAGACCUUUCGCCCGCGUCCACCGGACAAAGGAGCGUUUCCCUUGGAUCAUUUCGGUGAAUGUAAAUCGUUUAAAGAGACAUACAUGCGAUGUCUUAGAGACAACCAUUUCGACAAUUCGAGCUGUCGAGGAGAGUCUAAAGAGUACCUGGAGUGCAGGAUGGACAGACAGUUAAUGGCAAAGGAACCCUUUGAAAAACUUGGAUUUAAGGACUUCAUGGAGAAACCAGCAGAAGAAAAUAAAGCCAAAUCCUGACCAAAUAUAAUGGCUUGCGUUCACAUUAUGUUAAACAGUUAUGUGUUAUAUUUAUCUUGAUAUCAACUGAUAAACUACUAUAACAAGGAUAUUUUAAAAAUAAAUAAAUAAUCAAGGUGUGUAUGUGAAUAAUAA